CACGCGUGCACAGGAUCGGCUGUAAGGCAGUUGCAGUGUAACUAUAGAGGGCUCAAGUACAAAGCACAACCAUGGACUUUAGAUAUGUUGAAUGUGGACACGGGCGACUGGGUGAACGUCUGGAAGAACGAUGACGUCACUUCAUGGCAGUGGUCGUCCAAUACCGUGGAUGUAGCAAAUGGGCCGUAUGUGAGUGACGGGGAAGCACGUGUGCGGUGGUCGACUACAAACAACAAGGAUGCGGCACAGCUGGACUAUCUCGCACUCAAGACAUCGCAGUAAAAAAAACAAAUCUUAUAACAACUAAUAACUGUAAAAGACAUGGCUGUAAAUAAACAAAUCGUAUAACAAC